GAAUUAUAAGUAGAUUAUCGUCUGUAGCUACAUCUUUGUCUAGCGCACUCAACCUUCCGUCCGGAAACAAGUGUUAGCAGACAAUUUGGCUAGACCAGAAAUUGGCUUGAAGUCUAUGUUAAUGUUAACACGAUAUUACGUAUAUUUUUACUUUUUUCUGGAAAAUAUUUAGAUUCAUGGCUAAACGAAAUCGACGGCCAAGCCGUGAGUUGCGUCUUUUACAGGAAGAUUCUUGUUUUGAGGAAACAAAGAAUGUGAAAAGGUCAGAAUUUAAGUGUAAUGAUUGUUCGUUGUCGUUUCAUCGCAAGACAUCUUAUGACUCUCACGUGAUGAUUAAUCACAAGAAGAAAGAUGAAAUGUCAGAGAUAUGGAACCAGUUGGAUAAAGCAGAAGAAGCCCGAAUUAAGCCCAGGCCCAGUGAACCUAACAAGAUCCAAAUUAUAAAGAGCAACUUGAAGAAUAAAAUGGUUGUUGGUCUUGACGGUAAGGUACACAAGAAGUACCAGACUGGAAUUGUUGAGCUGAGGAAAAAAGUGAAAGAAUCUAAUGUUACUGAUGCUAUGAAAUCUAGUAAUGUAAGAUUAGCGAGUCCUUCUACUUCAGCCCAGAAGCCUACACUUCUGCCGAGAGGUACUACAAGCAAGUUUGCAGUUUUUGACAAGAAAGGUAUAGAAUGUUUGAUCUGUAAGCAUUACUUCAGGAAUUGCUUUGAAUUUGGUGUGCACACAACAAGAGUGCAACAUCGAAUUCCAUGUCAAAUUUGCUUCCAGUAUUUUGAUAACCAGUGCCAUUUAAAACGACAUGAAAGAAUUGCACAUCCACAUAUCUGUAACAUGUGUGACAAAUUAUUUUCUACUGAACAGCACUUAGAAAUUCAUCGGCGAGUGUCGCAUCGCUUGAUUUUCCACACCAUGACAGUCGACAAUCCAAAACAAAACCAAAUUAAGUUUUCUUCAACAACUGCUGGUAGCAAAGCUAUAUCAGCGUCUGGUGUGUCAAGAGGUGCCAAUACAUCUUUUGUGUCAGGAAAAGGAGGACCUUCUAAGAGCCACCAAUUAACAACAAUUGUCAUUUCAGACUCUGAUUCAGAUGAAUUAACAAAGACAACAAAUCAAAACACUUCACAAAAGCUUACAGCAGCAUCUGUUUCAGACUUAGGCCCAGAAUCUUUAACAAAUAAACAUAAACUCAGUGCAAAAGACAUGAUGCAAAAUUUGGCAACUAUAGCAAAAUCAAAGGAUAAUAAAGAUCCAUUUUCUAGUAUGUUGUCAGUGAUGUUAGAAAAGCCACCAGUGAAAAAAGGACCAUCAGUAAUUUACACAACUGCCAGACCAGUUGUGAACAUGCAAGUAAGUCUUAAGCCAGGUAAAUCAAUUUUAGGUACAACAGUGCCCUCAUCAUCAGUUAACAAACCUGUGCAGUCAGCUCAGAAUAAGGUUGUCAAUCUAAAAUCUCAAGUAGCCACAACCACAGGGCUUUCAUCAUUCCUUGGACAGCAUGUUACAUCAACCGUCUACAGCAACCUUAGACCUAAGGGAUCAUUUAAUCUGGGUAAACAAGUUGAAAGAGUGAACCUAGCAUGUAGACUUGCACAACACAAGCAAUCACUUGAACUUAAACGACUUCUUAAGAGACAUCCACAGUAUAAUAUCAGUGAUAAGGACCUUAAAUUUAAAAUUCCACUUGGCAACCUGAAUGAGGAAUUUGAUGAUUGCCCUCUAUUUCCAAGAGAAGAAGAUGUCAAAAUACGAACCUCUGACUACACACUGUCACCACUGUCAGUAAUUGAUGACAAAAAUUACUUGGAGAAUUUUGGCCUGAACACCAAUGUCAUGCAGCGUAUGUUUAGUGAAGCAGUUGACUCCUGCCUUCUUCAAGAAGCUUGGAAAUUAACUCACUCCACAAACUUGCGCAAGAGAUGCAGAGAAGUCACUAGUUAUUCAUUGAAACAAAAGCAAGAAUGUAUCCUAGACUUGCAUGUUCAGUUGCUUGCUAUUCGUAAUGCUGCACAAACAAUUGUUAACAAUGCUCUAGUGAAACAUAUAACAGAAUUGAAGCAAGCUGGUAAGCAAUCAACCCACAUGACUCAAGUUCAAAUCAAUCAACAAGGCAAUAUUCAGCUUGUAGGUCAAGUUCUCCAAAAUGAAAUCUCAACCCAAAAACAUGCAACACAAUCUGAUAAUGGAAAUGCAAUGGAUCAAAAUAGUAAAGACCUGUAUUUAAAGGGAAAUGAAGUCAAUGGCAUGAAUGAAACUAAACAAACUGUAACUUGCCAAGCAAACACUCAAGGUCAGUCAUCAGGUAAAGAGUGUGAAGCUGCUGCUAAAUGUGAAGAUAAACAAUCCAAAGUAGAUACAGCAAAAGAGGAAGAGAAAAUAAAUCCUAACCUUAAUGUGUGUAAUGAGAUUCAUGGACCAAAUCCAGUCACAGACCAACCUAAUACUCAACAACAUAAAGAAUCUGCACAAAUUACCCAUCAAAUUAGCAGGGAUGAUAAACAUGCAUUAACUAAUCCAAAGGAAGAUCUUUAUGACCCACAUAAAAGUAAAACUGUAAAAGACAUGGAAAGUAGCACAUGCACUAAUGGAAUUGAUAAUAAGGUCGAAGAUUUAAAAGAAGUAAAUGUCAAUAAGUACUCUGGUGAUGAAGUUGUGGAUAAGAGUGAUAUCUUCAAACAUUUGUGUAACAAACAUACUGAUACUGAUCAAGUUUUGAGUGAUGGGGAAUCAAAGCCAAAUAAGAAUUUGGAAGUGCAGGCUGUCAAUGAAGUUGAUGUCAACAAAACAUCAGAAAAUCAGAUGCCAAUAAAUCCUUCCAAAAAUAUAGACAAUCCCAUAGAUACUGAAAUUCUGAUUGACAACAAGCCAGGUUUAGUUCACAUAGCAACUGGUGACAAAACUGAUACCAAAGGUGAACAAAAGAAUGAAAUGGAGAAAAUUGAUAGACUUCAAGCCUUGACAAUAGAAUUGGUAAAAGCCAUUCCUGCCUCAAAAUCUGGAGAAAAUAUAUACAUCAGUGAAGUUCAGAUUAGUUCCGAGUAUUGUGGUCUCAUUGGUAAAGGCCAUUAUAAUGGAAUGGACUUCAGGUGGAUAGUUCAGUUUGCAAGACCUUAUGUGAACACUUUACUAACAUAUAGAAACCCAGAAUGGAGAGAAGGAUUUGAGGGAGAAACUCAGAAUGAUAAUGUAAUUGAAAGUACUUCAAAUGAAACGCAUCCAGCAGUAUCUUCUAAAUCAAUUAUAACAAAUCCAAGCAUUGUGACAUCAGUUAGUUCAUCAGAGAGUCAGUCAAACAUACCAUCAGUAUCACAAGCAUCAACAUUUGCUGGUCAAAAUAUUACAUCUGUUUUUAAUUCUGAAGCUACAACUCUCAUAUCACAACAUAAAGAGGUAGUAGCAACAACUGUUACUACACAUGUGUCAGCCUUACCUUCUUUGAAAGCAUUUCCUUUAAAUAUUGUCCAACAACAUUUAGCCACAGCACCUGUUGGUCUAUCCCAGCCAUCAGUAGCUAUACCUUCAUCGUCUCCAGUGUCACCAGUCGCUGUACCAAUACAUUCACCUAAAUCUGCAAAUGCUACUCCAGUAAUAUUUGGUAAAUCUUCAAUGGGCACAGCUCUUGUUCAGGUUCUUCCAGUCCAAAGAUCUGCUCAACCAGCAUUGGUAACUUUCAGUUCAAUGGUACCUGCAGCACAACCUAUAUCUACAAAUAUUUUCUUAAGUCCAGGCGCACAUCAACUACAGAAUUCAGUCAUCAAUGAAUUCCCAACAAAGGUGAACCUAAUAAGUAGUUCUCAAACCCAAAAUGAAAUUAACCUCAGCAGUCGGUCAACCCUUUCUCAGAAUUCUAAUGUAUGUGUGCAAACUAUGGUUGGCCAAACAGCAACAGCUGAGGCACCUCCAAUAACUAAUAUUGCUUUUAAAACUGUAGGACAGAUUGAUCGUAGACCACUUUUGCCAAAGGUCUGUCAGCCUAAUUCUGGAUUGCUAGCAUUGCCAAAUAACAAUGUAGCUGUUUUGCAUCAGGAUGUUUUGCUUAAAUCAGCUGGUUUUAAUCAACAGCAGAUAUAUACAUUCAGAGCUACCAACCCUGUGGCGAGUAACUUCAACUCUGUUCCUACCACUCAGGAUUCAAAUCAGUUGCCAUCUGAAGGAAAGGCAUGUAUGGUGCCUAUGUACAUUGAUGCAAAUAUUGUUGUAGAAGAACCUACAAAAAAGUUUUUCUAUAGAUUUAACGAUUGCCUUGAAUUUGAAGCUGGUGAACUUACUUUGUUCAACAACGAUAUACAAAAUUGCAAAGUUCCGAGACUUCAGAACAAGAAACUAUUCAGAUGUGAAGUGGGUGGAGGUCAAGGGGGCGUGCAGCAGAUGGUUGAUAACCGUACUUUUCUAAAUUCCUUGUAUAGCAUUAAAAAAAUGUAUAUAACUGGACAUCUAUCUAAAACUGUUUACCAAAAGCUUAUUCCUAUAGCUCGAAUUCUCAUCUGUCCUAGGAUCACUUUAUGUGAAAAACGUAAACUUACCUUUCUUGUUGAAUCAUCACUUAAACAGUCGCAUCGUAAAUCCGAAGAAGAUUUAGACAAAGUAAGUGAUAUGUUGUUGGACGUUUUAAAGAAGUAUUCUAAAAAACCGAAAGACGUGACUGGUCAGGAUAAGAAGACAAGCAAUGAAAGCAAAUCUGAACGGCCUUCUGACACAGAAUUGUCAGAAUUUAAGAGGAAAGUAUCUAGUGAAAGGAAUACAGCCACAAAGGUUAACAUAGCAGAAGAAAUCAAAGGGUGUGGCCUCCGUGUCUGCUUGACAGACUUAAAACUUCCCACGAACCAGUCCACUUUUUUGCUGACUGAAGAUAAAAAUGUGAAGAAUGAGCAUGUUGGUUUUAUGAUUAAAAGUAAAACAGGUAAAGUGUUGAAGAGAAAUGUUGGAUUUCUCACCCAGCAGCAUUCCACUAAUAUGGGAUCACAUGCUGGCAGUAAAAAAGAAUUAACAAAGAAAAUUAAAUAUGAUGAUUCAAUUAAAUAUGUAGUUGUAGAUGAAAUUGAGAAAGGUAAAGGAUUCAAGGAGGAGCCAGAGAUGAGCAUAAUCAAGAAGAAAAGACAGAUGCAUAAUAAGAGCAAUGACGCCAAACAGCUUAGAGGAAGAAAACAUUCAAUAAAAAGGGAGACAAGGCAAAGAAGCAAACUGAAUGUGUGCAGAAACAAUAAAGAGAAAGUAACUGAUUUAUUUGUGAUACCAGAUGAAACAGACCCAGAAAUAGAAUUUGCAUCUCCAUCUCCAAAAAGAAAAAAGAUAAAUAAACGGAAAUAGUAAACCAAGGAAAUGCACAUUGAUACGCCAUACUUUGUUCAUCAAAGAGGAAAUGAAAUGAGUUAAAAAUUAGAUUUGCUUUGCAAAAAUUUUACAUACUAUUUUUUUAAAUAAACAAACCAUCAUGAUAUAAAGUGUUUUAUUUCUGAAAGUUACCUUUCUGUUAAAAUUAAUCUACUGUUUUAUUUGUAUAAAAGUUGUAACUGAAGUACUCUAUUGAUAGGUUUAUUUAUUUAUAUAUUCACCUUACUAUUUAUUUGUCUGUCUAUAUGUAUAAACUUAAAUGAAAUAAUAAUUUAUGGAUAUAAAGUUCUUGAAAAUCUCAUGUACAGUAUGCAACCAGUAUUGUAGCAUUGUAAAAUGGCCAUCCAUUUCUGGUAUUACAGAUUCGCCCAAACUAGGCUGGAAGCCACUCAAUGUUGUCUAUAUGAAAGGCAAUAAAAGAAAAUAGAUACAGUACAGUACAAGGACAUAGAAAAACAUUCUUCUCAGGACAUCUCCAUAGGUGGCUUUUGGUGCAACUUUGAGAGAUCUAUUUCCUUUACCCAUGAGUUGUUAAUACUGUAUUAUUUUAUUACAGUAGGUGAUAGAGAAAAAUAAUGUAAAGAUACUGUUAGUUGCAUGCCAGAUAAACUUGCCUGGGUGGAAGGAGCUACUUACUUAGUGUCACUUUUAAUAGUCUGAAUUCCUUAUUGACAAUAUAUACUGUAUUCAGAUUUUAAGUUGUUGGAACUGUAAACAUCAUGUGCUCUAUUCCUGUGAUUGUUCAGCCUUGCCGAUGAGCCCCACACUUGGUGGUAAGGUCCCACAAAAAUAUAGCAUAAACCUACGUACGUAAACAUAUGCAUUGUUUGACACACAUGCAUUGUUGUUAAAUUUUAUUGACACACCAGAAAGAAUGAGUGAUGUUUUUCAUAUUUUCAUGUUGAAUUCCUGUAUGUAUUUAUUCCCAAGUUGUGUUACACCACUGUUAAAUAAUACAGUUUAUGGGCAUUUCCCUUUUUUCUGCUGGUUAUUGUUAAAACUUUGUUGGAGCACAUAAAAAGUUUUAAUUUGACUGGUGCAUGAUAGUUGAAUGGCAUUGUACAGUAGCAUUAUUAGCUGAUUAACAUCUAUUCCAUAAUCACUACCUCAACUAUUCAAGUGAGAACAUCUUUAGUAACACAGGAAUUGACUUUCAGCAAUGUAGAUGGUUUAACAUAUCCAUAUACUGCAUCAAGUGACUUUUUUAAAAUGUGUUGCAGAAAUAACGCUUUGCGGCAUCCACUUGUUUGUGUAUUUGGGACUGCGCUUUACAUAAUUGCUAGCUGCAGCAAUAUGGAACACUCAUGUGUCGCUUAUAUAUUUUAUUCAUUGACCAGGGAUAUACUGUACAGUAGAUGAAUUGCAUAUAAACAUUGGCAUUAUGCUGUAUUUAUACUACAGCAUUGUAAAUACGUACUUUAAAUGUAUUGUUAACACAUUGUUAAAUUAUUCAAGUGAAAGCCAACAGAAAAAUACAAUGGGAAGUGUAUUCAGAAUCAGUUUAAUACCUGACCCUCAUGAGAUAAAAUUUUACAUGAGGUGAGUGAAAUGUUACACCAUGGAGGAAGAAAAUUUCCUCCAUGGUUACACAGACUUGCUAAGAUUUUCCUAGCAAAUCACAGUCUUCACACAGGAACAUUCAAAUCUUGUUAAAAGUAGGUCAGUUUGAUAUUGUCAAGAUUUUUUUUUUAGGUAGGACAGUAUUAUUUUGUUCUAACUAGGUCAGGGCCUAGGACUGUACGUACACAUUAUUUAUCCAAAAGAAGAAUAGAUUUGAAAUUUCAAUUCAGCACUAUUAUUAUACCAAUUCGAAUUUGUGCAAAAUUGAAUAUUUAGCAAACUAGGCCAACAGUGAUGAGAUACAAAGCUUCACCUCUGUGAGAGGCUGAGCUUAGGUCUUUGAUAAAUACAGUACUGUAUCUUGAAAGUGUUGCAGACCUUUGCUAUGUCUGUGUUUUACAGCAAACACAUUCUAAUCGUACACUGAUACAUUUACACUGUAAUGUAAUGUUACAGGAGAUGUGCACUAAAUUGUUCUUAGCACGUUUCACAUGGAACAUAUUGUCUUUUGUAAUGAAUGUAUGGGAACACUUGAAAGUCACAUGGUAUAAAAGUUACUAUAAUUGUUAGGAUUGCUAUGUUUUUGUAGUUUUGUGCAUUCUAUUUUAUAUUUCAAGCCUUUUGGAGGUGCAGGUUAACACCACUAUCCACAAAUACCAUGGAAAUGUUUCUAGUAGCUUAACACUGUAAAAUCGCUGUUUUAUAGUUUUAGAUGCAAUGUCUAACAAAAAUAAAAUGUAGUUUUCACAUUUCAUUACUCCAGUAAUUGACAACCAAGCUUUUAUUUACAUGCAUUAAGAAAAAACACCUACACUAGUACAGUAUGUAUACCAGUUUACUUCUAAACUUUUGUUGAUUUUUUUUACAUGCAUGGUUGUUACUGUUGUAUUGAACAAUGAUGAUAAUUUUAAUAAAGAUGCAUUGAAUUAAUAACUGUUCAGUUUAAACUUGUACAAUAUCGAUGUAAAUAAAAUACACAGUACAACUUAAGUAA